GAAAUUCCAGGAAAAUACAACUGCAAAAGCACAAUGUCUUUUAACUCUCACUCGUCACUGUACACCAGUCACCAUAUAUAUAUAUGUGUCUCUCUCUCAUCCCUAUUGCUAUUUGUCAUUAUAUUUUUCCUCUUUCUAGCUGGUUGUUUCUUCUGAUUCCACUCAUAGCCUACUGCAUAAUGAAGAAAUUUGUCCUGAAAUUGGAUUUGGGAGAUGACAGAGAAAAAAGGAAGGCCUUGAAGACAGUGGCUGCUCUUCCAGGGAUUGAUGAAAUUUCAAUGGAUAUGAAAGGCAAGACAUUAACCAUUGUUGGGACAGUUGAUCCAAUAACGGUGGUGAGCAAACUACGCAAGUUUUGGGCAGCAGAGAUAAUGUUAGUAGGACCAAAAGAGGAACCAAAGAAAGAAGAAGAAACAAAGAAAGAGGGGGAGGAGCCUAAAAAGGAAGGUGAAAACAAGAAAGAAGAAACAAAAAAGGAAGAAGAGAAAAAGGCAGUGGUACCAGUAGGCAUGGUAAUGCCAUAUAGACCGUAUUAUCAUCCUCCUCCUAUGCACACAUACAACUAUCAAGUUCAUCACAGCAUGGAAGAGAAUCCUAAUGCAUGUGCCAUCUGUUAAUUCCUUUUUAACUAACCCAAGCGACAAAUGGCUGAAUUUCAGUUGAUCGUGUGGCAGUAACGUCAGUCUGUCACUUAGAAUACCCCGUCGCAUAAUGUGUUAUAUAUCUUAAAUUUGUUGGGACUCUUGAUUAUCUUAAAUUGGUUGGGACUCAUGGGAAUCAUAUAUGCAUAUGUGAAGAAAAAAAUCUACUAUAACUUUUGUGCUCCUCCUUUAAUUGGUCUUGGGUUAUCCUAAUAGUGUGAACCCAAGACUAGCUAGCUUUCAAGAAUAGAGGUGCUUUUGUGGAUAGACAAUAUAUGAUAUCGUAUUUGUAUUUUGUACCUUCAGAAUUAAGUAUUGUGUAAAGAGAAGUCA